AUGCACGUAGAAGAACACUGGACACAGACUCAUGGCUUCUUUGCUCUCAUGGGGGGUUUCAUCCUUUAUGACAAUGAGCAAACUUUCCACGUCCUAGGGCCUGGGGAUCUUGUUGAUGAAGAUGUUGUAUUUCCGGACGUCAACGAAGCCGACAUCAAGGACAGGAGUAAAGGCGACAUGAUGACCAAAGGGCUCGUGCUGCUUCAGACUAGCUGGUUCAUAGUCCAAUGCAUUGCACGCGGGGUUGAGCGCUUACCUCUCACGGAGCUCGAACUCGUGACGCUCGCUUUCGCAGCACUCAAUCUCACGACCUAUGCGUUGUGGUGGAAUAAACCGCUCAACGUUCAGCGUCCUAUCGUUGUUCAGCGUCACCCAAGGGCACAGGAGGGGAGCGUGGCCGCGACUGGAGGUAAAGAAAAUGGCCAAGGGGCAGAGGGGCAGGAGCAGGGGACUGAAAGCAAGACGCGAUGGGGCAGGCUGACGUAUUUCAUGAUCCAGACACCUAUUCGCAAGUUGGACGACCUCGUCAUUCGUAUAGGUGGCGCCAUGGAGACCGACCACCUCGAUCAAUGCUCGAGAGUGCCCACAUUCUAUGCCGGAGACCUCAAAAAGCGCAUCAACACAAGUAGCACUCACAAUCAUGACGGCGACGUGGUCCCGCGGCGCAUUAGUUUUCUCAUAACAGGGGUUGCAGUGGUGUUUGGAUCCAUCCACUGCAUCGCAUGGUCAUUCAACUUCUCGUCCCACGAAGUCCAGCGGCUGUGGCGUGUGUCCUCUAUUGUUCUCAUAUGUGUUCCAGUCGUCCACUUGCUGCGAUACCUGCUUACCAACCCUAUGAACUGCUUGGCGGAGCAGUGGUUUCCGUUCAAGCUACUACAGUGGGGUUUUUUGUUUAUCGUUUCUUGCACUGCGGCUUUGUACGUCAUUGCUCGGGUUAUUCUCCUGGUUAUUGCGUUGAUGUCUCUGAAUACAUUGCCUCCGGGAGCAUACCAGACCGUCCAUUGGACUACUUUCAUACCACACAUAUGA